AUGUUGUUCACGGUGUUCGUGAAAAAUUGUUCGAUCGUUUUUUAUCAACGACAACGUGGAAUGUCAAAAAUAAGGAAAUAUGGAACACUUUUUACGGCCAGUUUAUCAUUUUUCUCGCAAAAAAACACAAUUAACACAAAAGACUUCAUGGCUUUGCCGAUAACCAAUUUAGAACACCUUGAAAAAAACAAGGACGAUAUGAAAACGAAAAUGGAACUGAUGAUUUUACGAGUACAAGCUGAUUUCUGCAAAGCUUUAGAAUUGGAAGAAGACUGUAAUAAAUUUAUUGUCGAUAGAUGGACAAGGAAAGAAGGAGGUGGUGGUGUUACUUGUGUGAUGCAAGAUGGCAAAAUCUUCGAAAAAGCCGGUGUUAACAUUUCGGUGGUUUCGGGAAAUUUGCCGCCGCAAGCCGUAACGCAAAUGAAAACUAGGGGUAAACAAUUGCAGGGGAAAAAUCUUCCGUUUUUUGCUGCUGGUAUCAGCGCGGUGAUUCACCCUGUCAAUCCAAUGGUGCCAACCAUACAUUUUAAUUACAGGUACUUUGAAGUGCAAAAUGGCGACGGUGAAGUGCAAUGGUGGUUUGGCGGUGGCACCGACUUAACUCCCUACUAUUUAAACACCGCAGAUGCGUUGCAUUUCCACGAAACCCUCAAAAACGCAUGUGAUAAACACGAUGUCAAAUAUUACCCGAAAUUUAAGAAGUGGUGUGACAAAUACUUUAACAUUCCGCACAGGGGCGAGAGAAGGGGAAUCGGGGGUAUAUUUUUUGACGACCUGGAUUCCCCCACUCAGGAGAAAUGUUUCAGUUUCGUUACCGAUAUGGCCGAUGCUGUUAUUCCUUCUUAUGUCCCGCUAGUGAAAAGACACAAACAAGCAAAAUACACUAGAGUAGAAAGGGAAUGGCAACUACUUAGACGUGGCAGAUACGUGGAAUUUAACCUCAUUUACGAUCGAGGAACCAAAUUUGGACUGUACACCCCUGGUGCAAGGUACGAAAGUAUCCUGAUGUCUCUACCUUUGCAUGCUCGUUGGGAAUACAUGAACCAACCUGCCGAAGGAACCCCGGAAAGUGAAUUGCUCAAAGUUUUGGCCAAUCCCAGGGAUUGGAUUGAGGGCUGUCAUUGUGAUGAUGAGGUGCCCGAUAAUUAA